AUGAAUCAAAGAAGAUUUGGAGCAGCUAAAAAAGCUCUUAAAGAAGUACAAGAACGUCAUGAUUAUAUUAAAAAGAUUGAAAAAACAAUUGAAGAACUUGCUAAUCUUUUCCAUGAAAUGUCAAUUAUUGUUGAAGCACAAGACCAAACAAUUGUGGCUAUUGAACAAGAAGCUACACAAGUCAGUACUAAUAUGGAACAAGGCGCUCAACACGUAGAUAAAGCACUAACUAGUGCAAGAGCUGCAAGAAAGAAAAAAUGGUAUUGCCUUGGCAUUGGCAUAAUACUUUUGAUUGUUUUAGCAAUAGUCAUAUACUUAUUUGUUAUUAAACCAAUGUUGGACAACAAAAAACAAAAAUAA